AUGGAGAAGAAGUUUACUAAUAUACCGGAAGUGAUUGAUCCCGGGAUCACAAUCCCGAUUUUUGAAGAGGAUGUGGAUGCGAUGUCGCUGGAGCAGCCGCAGAAACUGGGGUCGUAUAGGGCGCGUGCUGGUAAGUUCAGCAACACGCUGAGUAACCUGUUGCCGUCUAUAUCUGCGAAGCUGCACCACUCGAAGAAGCAAGGGAAAGGUGCUGGUGCGGACCCGAACGCGUCCACUCCGGACAGCUCUGAGUCCGCGAUCGGGAACUUGUCUGCGAAGUCCUCGCAGAUGUUCAUGAUGAAUACAGACCAGGGUAUGCCCUCCAUGACCGCGGCGGUGGCAGCAGAUAUGGGCCCUCCCAGACCAGCACACGUGGAGGGAUUCUCCGCCAGAGGCGCCGCACAGGACAACACUACUCCGCCUAGAGACGCCGACAAACUCGUCCACUUCCCGGAGUCCACGGAGUACUUGAUCUCCAGACCCCGGACGUCAAACGACUCCUUCGGCAAUAACUUGCCACGCCAAAUUUCGCGCACGAGAAACAAUACUAUGUCCUCACAGAUUACAUCAAUCUCAUCCAUAGUCCCUAAACCUCUGCCAAACACAGUCUGGAACAACAACGAUACAGUAAACCAGCAGUACCAACAACAACAGCAGCAGCAGCAGCAGCAGCAACAGCAAAUGGUCCCACAGAUAAACACUUAUAAUGCUAUGGAUAUGGGCCAGCAACCUAACUACGGCGAUACCAUGAACCAACAGAUGGGUGGCAACAACUUAACUGUGAACAACGCCUGGAACUCAAAUAGACCAAGAUCACACUCAAACGCAUCGAGCAUAUACACAGACGCACCACAGUACGACACAGUCGGCAGGUCUAGAGCCGCAUCGAGCUACGCCCACGGCAACUCAAACAUUCCAUUAGUAGCAGACGAAGUCGACCCAAGGUCUCUGAACUGGGUCACCACUGACUUGCUAGUACCACCCAUCAACCAAAUCUCUAACUUGCUACCAACAAACACCAUCUCGAUAUCGAACGUGUUUCCAUUACAACAACAGCAACCCCAUUUGAACAACGCCAUCAACCUGACCAGUGCAUCAUUGGCCACUCUGUGCUCUAAAUACGGUGAGGUCAUCUCAGCAAGAACUCUAAGAGGCAUCAAUAUGGCUUUGGUUGAAUUCGACAGCGUCGACAGUGCUAUUCGCGCACUAGAUGCAUUACAAGGAAAAGAAGUCUCCAUGAUCGGCGCUCCUAGUAAAGUUUCCUUUGCGAAGAUCUUGCCAAUGCACUACCAGCAGUCUAAUCAUACACAACAGCAAAACGCUCAAACAACUCAGGCAGAGUCAGUGUCCCAGCCUUUACUGCAAGAACAACUCAACAAUGGCGCUGUCACUUUCCACCAACAAGGUAAUAUAUCCAUCCCAGUGUUCAACCAAAAUCAGUACAGUAAUGGGCAAAAUACAAACAACAAUGCCUCCUCUCACCCAGGAACCUCAUCGUCCUCUGACAAGGAGCAAUGCCCAUUUCCUUUGCCUCCUCCUCCUUUGUCAGGAAAGAAAUCUGAGUUGGAACAAGUGGUUUUGCAAUUUAAUUCAGAUCACGAUGAAAGCCAAGUAGCCUCGUUAAUAAACAAUAGCUUGAAGACAAAACCUACAUCAGAUGUCAACAAUUUCGGACCGUUGCCUGGAUCAGUCUCAAACAAACAGUUUGAUGCACCAAAAUUAAGGGAACUUAGAAAGGCAAUUGAUUCGAAUAGUUUGUCAGAUAUUGAGAUUGAGCAAUUAGCAAUUGCAAUGCUGGAUGAAUUACCAGAACUAAGUUCAGAUUAUUUAGGUAACACAAUUGUCCAAAAGCUGUUUGAACACUCUAGUGAUAUCAUUAAGGACAUAAUGCUAAGGAAAACUGGUAAGUAUUUAGCUUCAAUGGGUGUCCACAAAAACGGUACUUGGGCUUGCCAAAAGAUCAUAACGAAGGCUACCACACCAAGGCAAAUCAAAUUGGUAACUGAUGGUAUCAAGGAUUACUGUACAGCUCUUUUCAACGACCAGUUCGGUAACUAUGUUAUUCAAUGUGUGCUGAAAUUCGGCUACCCUUGGAACUCAUUCAUCUUUGAAAGUAUACUUUCAAAUUUCUGGACUAUCGUGCAAAACAGAUACGGUGCUCGUGCAGUUAGAGCAUGUCUGGAAGCUCAUGAUAUCGUCACCAUGGAACAAACUUUGGUGUUGAGUGCUAUGAUCGUCAUAUAUGCAGAAUAUUUAACUACCAAUAGCAAUGGAACAUUGCUAGUUACAUGGUUCCUAGACACAUGCGUUUUAUCAAAUAGACAUUCCAUUUUAGCUCCAAGGUUAGUUAACCAUAUCGUUGAUCUCUGCCGUCAUAGACUAGCUUCCCUAACUAUCCUCAAAAUUUUGAACUACAGAGGUGAUGACGCUGCUAGAAAGACAAUCUUGAAUACUGUUUUUGGUAAUUGCGAAACAGAUGAACCCCAACAAAUUCUUUACCAAAUUUUAUGCGACGUUAAUUACGGCCCAACAUUUGUCUACAAAGUACUAUCCAUGCCUUUAUUGGAGGAUGAUAUAAGAAUACACAUAAUAGCGCAAGUUAGAAAGAUUCUUAUGGAGUCUAAUACGGCGCAGCAUCACCGUCGUUUGAUGGAAGAGGUUGGUUUGAUGACCACCGGUAAUAAUAAUAACCAGACCAGCAACAAUAAGCACAGGAAGAACUCUUCUCAUACAUAUGUUCAAGAUAAUAAUGGACAUAUGAGAGGUGUCUCGGUUUCUAGUGUACGCAGUGGAGGAUCUAGACAAACAGGUUUAACUCCAAAUAUACCACAAACGUUCCAAAUGCCAAGCUUGCCAAAUACUUCUAUGAGCACCGUUGUGUCUGGAAAUAUGUCUCUAAAUCAACUACCAACGCAAAUGCAGCAACAACAGCAAUCUGGUGUACUACCUCAAACCGUUCAACAGCAGCAGCAGCAACCUAUGGUGGGCUCCAACCAAAACAAUGCUAUGAGUUACAUGAAUUACCCUGGAGUCUUCCCUAUGGGCUAUCCGAAUAACAAUAGCAGCUAUGGAAUAAACGAUGAUCUUGUGUCAAAACUAGAUAUGCUUACUUUGGGAAAUGGUACUCACUUAUCAUUGCCUCAAUUGAGUGUCACAAACCAUGAAAAUAACACUAACUACAGUAACAAUAACAAUAACAAUAACAAUAACAAUAACAAUAACAAUAAUAGUAAUGGUAAUAAUAAUACCAAUGGCGGUAAUCCCAUGAACUUGAUGAAUUCUUCCUUGAAUAACACCCAAGAAUUCGGUGGAUCAUCUCUAUGGAAUUAA